UCCACGGAAAACAACUGAUUGUAUACGGUGAAAGUAUCAGAGGAUAUUUUAUAGUUAUAUUCUGAGAUAUAUUUAUUAGAGAAUGCUCUCGAUAAUGCUCUACACAGCUCUCUUGCUGUUGAUUUUCAUUACGAAAGUGGAACCUGAUUGCGGUGACACUGCUGCUGAUAUUGUUUUUAUUUUGGACUCUAGUGGAAGUGUUGGGUCAGGCAAUUUCGAAAAGACUAAGGAAUUUUUCAAGGCAAUGGUAGAUGGAUUUCAAAUUGGUUCUAAAACCGUCAGAGUCGGCGCUGUGCCCUUCAGUACAUCUGUUCAUAACACAUUUCAACUUACAUCAUUUUAUUCUAAAUCUGCUUUAAAAUCUCGUAUUUCCAACAUCCCAUAUGACAGUGGUUCUACAAACACAGCUAUGGCCAUCCGGUAUGCACGAACGACGAGCUUUGGGGCAUAUAGUAGGAAUAAUGUUCCCAAACUAGCAGUUAUCAUAACUGACGGACAAUCCGACGGCAAGUCUAGCACUUUGUCUGAAGCUCAAUUAUUACGUAACAAUGGCGUCAUCAUCUUCUCUGUUGGUGUCGGUGACGGUGUGGAUAUGUCUGAACUUCAGGGAAUGGCAACAAAAACUAGUUACGUAUUUGAUGUGUCUACCUUUAGUGCCUUGAAUUCAAUUCGGGAUAAACUAGCAAAAACAACUUGUGAAGUUAUCUCCUGUGGUCACCCUGGUACUCCUGUUAAUGGUUUUCUUCAUGGGAGUGACUUUUCGAAAGGAAAAUCUGUAACCUACAGCUGUGAGACUGGCUAUAAACUUGUCGGCAAUCAACAGAGGACGUGUCAAAGUGAUAAAAUUUGGUCUGGAAGACUUCCAACAUGCAUUUUUGUAAAAACGUGCAAUAGCAAUCCCUGUCAAAAUGGCGGAAAUUGUAUAGAUGGCUAUAAUCAGUACACCUGUAGCUGUGCACAAGGUUACACAGGUGUUCACUGCGAAAAAGAUAUCCAGUCACCGGUCAACAAGUACUGUCCUUCCGAUAUUCGACAAACUUCUGCAUCACGAUUCGUCAACGUCACGUGGCGUCCACCUGACUUCAAAGACCCAUUCGGUCACAAUAUUGAAGUUACCACUAACUACCCGAAUCACGGAUCUAUCUUUCGCUGGGGAUACUAUACUGCUCGAUAUACAGCUCUGAAACCUUUCAACGGUCUCAGGGCCAACUGCACCUUCAACAUUUUUGUUGGGCCUCUAUCCUGUCCGAAGCUUGACGUUCCCUUGAACGGUGCUCUGGUAUGUAAUGGAUGGAUAAUAGAAUUCGCUCGUAUGUGUGUCGUGUUCUGUCAAAAGGGAACCCGACUUAGUCAUGGUCAUGACAUCCGCUCAAAGUAUUUCUGUGGUGGAAGUGGAAAUUGGCUCCCUAUUAGCAAUCCUAGCAAUCCUCCGUCCUGUCAAAGAUCAAAGAUCGAACGAUCUGGAGAUGAUGUUUUGUAUCACUUUAAGACCUGUGACAGAAAACACGAGGAUCAAAUGAAGAAUGAGUAUAUCAAGAUUCUCAAAAAGUCUUUGUUUAAGAGUCUUUGCGAUAAAUUUAAGGACCUCUGCAAACCAGAAAAUGUUGACGUUCAAUGCGGAUAAAAAGGUUUUGCGAAGCGUACAUUUUCACCAAAAAGAAAACAUACUGGAAUUUUUGACUUAGUUGUAAGAUCAUUGCAAUAUCAUUGCCUUUUUUCCACUAAGUUCUAAUUUCUAAAGAUAUGAAACUUGACGAUUUGUUUCCACUUGACCUUUUAGUUAUCCAUUUAAAACUUCGGUGACAAGAAUCUGCAAGUAUCCUAGAUUUCAGUUUCAGAGGUAAUAGUCCCGAUGAAAUUGUGACACGGUUUCCAUAACAUGUCUUUAGACCGUUCAAACAAUUUUUUCUGCACUAUUUAGUCUCUUUAAUUUGCAAGAACUAUUAGGAUCUUUUCCAUAGAUACUUCUACUUCCACCCAU